GUGGCUAUUUUUUUUUUCUUCUUCUUUACUUAAAUUCUCUAUGGUGAGGCUAGUAAUGCGGAAACUUCACACUUAAGAGGAAAAUAAUCAACUUCAAUCACUUACAAGAAGUAAGAAAUGUUAUUACAUUGAUAUAAAAGGCUUAACAACAUGACUACUUUUACUAGUAUUGUACAAAAAUAUUUUAACAUAAAUCGUUGCUGUUUAUCUGCAAAACCUUUUUUUAUAUAAGCAGGAUAUGACUGCUCAGUGCGGUCACAGUGGUGUAGUUAGCGUUGAACUCUGAAAGUAUCAGUACACAGCUGUGUUUUCCACACACAAGCAACUUACAAAAUCUGACUCUAAACGACUGAAAAUGUGCAAGAGGAACAGCACAGGAAUUGAUUCUGUGAGGAACAGAAGAUACAAAAGAGCUACAGUGUGUUUGGUGCUGCAGUGCGUUCUUCUGGUCGAGGCGAUCAUAUUGCUGGGUCUCGAACUCAGAACAAAGACUGAUGAGUAUGAAAACAGUGAGGACAAAUACAACCAACAAAGGAACAAGGAACGUGAUGAGAUCCAAGGCUUGUUAAAAGAGAAAGAUAAAUUGGAGAAAGACAUUAGCAACACGAUUAAUCAAAAUAACCAGUUAAAUGAGGAGAAAAAACAACUGUUAGCACAAUUUUUGGAUGGAUGGAAGUGCAAUCAAUCCAGUUUAUACUACAUUUCCUCUGACACGAAGAACUGGGCUGAAAGUAGAGAAGACUGUUUGAACAGAGGAGCAGAUCUGAUCAUCAUAAACAACAGAGAGGAACAAGAGUCUUUUAAAACUAAUGCUGAAUUCUGGAUUGGUCUAAAUGACAGUGAUGUGGAGGGCACAUGGAAAUGGGUUGAUGGCAGCACACUGACCUCUGGGUUCUGGGCGUCUGGACAGCCCAACAUGGACAAAGAGGAAAACUGUGCUGUGCUGAAUCCAUUAGGGUGGUAUGGUUAUCCAUGUGAUAAUGUUUUUAAAUGGAUAUGUGAGAAAAAAAGCACCUUAAAAUAAAAUCUGUAAUGUGAUGGCUAAUAGAAAGCAGGUAAAAAAAAAAAUAGUUACACUUGUAUUUGGAAAAAAAUAAUAGUUGUACUUUUUUGUAAGCUAUAAGUCCUACUGUAUUAAAUCAUCAUUAUUAAAUUAAGCAAAUUAAUUUGUGUUUCUGUUAUAUUUUAUUGUUGCAUGUGUGCAGCUUCUCGUCAUGUUAAUAUGUACUCAACAUAAAAAAAAUAAAUAAAAAAAACGACAAAAAAAAAAAUAAAAAAAAAACACACAGUUCCAAUAUCUCAAUACCACUGAUGCCAAAAGCAGAACUACCAAACGAUGAGCUCCAACACACAUCAGAUCAAGAGUCUGCAGCCUCACACUAGGAACAACAGACUUAUUUUAAAUCUAAGCUAACGGCUUAAAUCUGACAAACAACAAAAAGCAUUUCCUAUGAUGCUGAGGAGACGGUAGAAAUUUAGGGAAUAUUCAGUCUUUAUUUCCACAGACAUGAACUGAAACCUGUGUACAUCUGAGCACUUAACAGCAUCAGUCUGCUUUUAACCAAUAAUAUAUAAGUUUCUCAAUCAAGUAGCACAAAAUUUGUCUGGCUAACGUGUAAAGACAAAUUUGUUGACUCCACUAAAGCUCACAAGAUGACAUUGUGAAAUUCAUGUUAAUUUUUUCAGUUCAACUUCACAGUUUUUGUUAUGUUGGUAAUAUCAUUUGUAAUUAUAUAAAAAAAGAGCAUUCAAAGGCUGAAUAUUUAAAUCAUUACUUUUUAAUGGAUUUGUUACAAGACUUGAUCAGUUCUAGUUUCCUACAGCUAAAAUAUGCCACAAAGUUGCUGUGAGACAUUUUGACCAUAGUGGUUUUGAGUCUCGACAGCAUAAGUGUAGGAAUAGAAGCUCAGAGCAGUACAGUCCCAGAACAGACACAGAACAACAUUCACCAUCUGAAUGAUUUUCAAUACAUUAUUAAAAGUUAUCAAAAAAGUUGCCUUUUUAUCAUCUUAACAGGAUAUCACAUGUUCAUGACCACAGUUGCAAAAACAGAACACUUCAGAGCAGUGCGGUUCACUUAAAGCAACGUCAUGACUUUUUCAUAAUUACUGCAGCUUCAGAUCCUGACAACAUGUUUCAUAGCAAGGCUUGAAAUUGUGACCAUUUUGGUUGUGCAUGUACCUGAAAUUUAUUCUGUGCAGCCUAAAUUUAUUUGGAAGCAUUUGUGCAAGUGAAAAUAAUUGUUUGUGUUUGUGUGUGUGUACCUGAGGGGGUGGUGUUCUCAUCUCCCUCUCAGCCUCGCCCACCAGGACAGCCACGGCUGCUCUCGCUGCCUCCUCUCUGGCCUGCCGUUUGCUCGAGGCACUCAUGGGGAGGAAGGUGCGCGGGGGGCAUCUUCACUCGGUAACUGAACCUGAAAGACAGAGAGACUGUGAGAAGAGAGACUGACAGGUGUGUGACACGUGAUCUACAUCAGGGGUGUGUGUGUGUGUGUGCGCGUGUGCGUGUGUGUGUGUGCGUGCGUGCCUCUGAGCGUUGGGGGGCCCCGUUUGCUCCACAAACUCUAUUGUGAGCUCCUCCCCACGAGCGCUGGCGUAUCGGCGCAGGCCAGAGAGGGGUUGUGGUAAGAGGCAGUCGAGCAGCCCUGGCCGUCCUUGGCUUGAUGUCUAGGACAGAGAGAAACUCUUGAUUAGAUCAUGUGACACAGAAAAUGAAGCAUUAUGGGAAUAAAAGCGUGUGGUAACUGAACGUCUGACUCUAGUUCUGUAUUAAACGGGGCUGAAGAACCUCCUACAGAAAUCCAUACGGGUCGCUACAGGUUUGUGUCACGGAGCGUCUCGCCUGUUUUUCCUGUAAUAAUCAAUGGAAAACAUUCCCAGACACUUAUAUGGUUUCUAGUUGGAGUAGUUUGAGCACUAUUAGUGUGUUUAUUGAAAUCUCACAUUCCCAGAGCGGAAUAUGAAGCAUCUCCUGAAACAAAAGCAUAAAGCUGAACUCCAGUGUGACCAAAUGAAAGUGUUCCAGCUCUAAUAUUAAAAGGACACAUUUGGUUGUUUCACGGCCAGAUCUUGGACUUCUACAGAUUAAUUCUCAUCUCUACAGCAGUUUCCAUCUCUCUAGAGUUUCUCUCUCUGUCAUCACACUCUUUCUGUGCUUUCAGUCUUCUCUCACCCUCUCCAGCAGCGGCCCUCUCUUCUUCAGCUCCUGGCCAAUCCUGACCCGUGCUGUGAAUCUAACAGAGAAAGAUGAGGGAGAAGGAGAGAGACGUCAGUCACAGCAGAUCCUCCAGAUUAAAAAAGUCUUAAUUUCUUAAUUUCUAUUAAACCCCAGGAGGUCUAUCGGAAGUCUUCGAAUCACGAAACACUUUUAGGCUGAAACUCAGAACAACAAACACAAAGAGAAGAAUGAAACAGUGCUUGAAGUUCCUGCAACAGAAGAAAAUGAAACUGAUUCUGUUCACAUCUACUGAAAUGAUCAAGUCAGUCUGUUCACAUAUACUGAAAUGAUCAAGUCAGUUUUACAGCUAUGUUAUGAGGCCACGAGAAACAGAUGGAAAGGAGUUUCAAUAGCAUCUUUGUGACGAAACACGAGUCUUGUUCAGAUCAGAAGUGAAAACACAUGAACAGAUGAAAUAAAUCAGGGAUCCUCUUCAGCUUCUAGCCCGUAUCAGAGCCUCAACAGCUGGAUUUGAUGUUUCUUUCUGCACAUUAUGACAUUCAGAAGAAAUAUUCUGAUUCUUACCACUUCUCCUCUUCUUGUCAUGCUCACACAUAUACACA